UUUCGAUAGGAAGUGUGGACCACAAUAUGAAGGUGUCCCAGGCCGUAAUAUCUUUGGUUGGCACGGAUGUGGAUGAUACAAAAUAAAUCCCACUUUCAGCAUUUUCGCAAAAUAAUGGUUUUCGGUAAAAACCGCUUUUUACGUUGUGUAUACCAAAAAGCUUGCUAAGAUGCACUUUCCAGGGUUCAUAUGAUUCUGGUGUUUUUAAAAUUCCCGCCGUCAUCGAACUACGUAUGAACAUGACGCCGGCAUUGACUACAGUGUACAGCAUGAUGCAGAUGACUCUUCGCUUCUUUGAUUGUACUAGAUCAACACAGAGAAAACCCUACUUAAGAGAUGAAUGUGCGGCACUGUAGGCUCCUGUUACAGGGACUGUCCUGUCUGAGAGAUGAGGGGAAGCACGCCGAUUUUAACCUGGUCUAUGGGGACGCAAGGACUCCAUGUCACAAAGUUGUGCUGGCCGUUUACUCUCAAAGGAUGCUGGGUACCUGCCUCCAGUCGUCAGUUAAUUUCUUGGAGAUGGAGAAUAAUCCCGAGUACCUCGUGGAGAAGCUGUACCACUGGACGAACGUCGGGCUCGAAGAUCUCGACGUCAAAAUGUCGAGGGCAGCCGACGAACUCGAUAUAGAAUUUCUUGUAAAAUCAAAACAAGUUCAAGUCAUACAAAGUCGUCUUGACGUCAUGGAAAGGGCGCGACUGAGGGUGUUCUCGGAGCAGCUACUGGAACUGUGGAGGAAUGAAGUACUUACUGACGUAAUACUCGAAGUGGGCGGGGCCAGCUUCCGGUGCCAUAGACCCGUCCUAGCGGCAAUGUCUGGUUACUUCGACGCAAUGUUUUCGUCGGGCAUGAAGGAAUCCGAGGACCAUAUUGCAAUAGAGUUACACGGAUUUGAUAAACAUGUCGUAGAAAAUAUACUAUCUUAUAUCUAUACAGGGAAGGCGGACAUAGACAAUGCAAAUGCCGAUCUCAUGUUUGCGGCCUCGGUAUAUUUUCAGAUAAAGCCAUUAAGAAAUCUUUGUGAGAGGUUCCUUUGCACACAUACAGAUGUAGACAACUGUGUGGAUGUCCUAGCUCUAGCAGAAUGCUACAGCUGUAAAAACCUGGCAGAUAAUAUAUUAAAUUUUAUAAAAGAAAAUAUCGUAGAAUUGCUUGGUAAGAAAUCCUUUCAGAAGUUGAAUUCUCAUACACUUCAGGAACUAAUAUCAAGCGAUGAUCUCAUUGUACCGGGAGAGGAGGGCGUGUUGAACCUGAUUCUCCAAUGGUUUGACAGACAGGACAAUCAAUCCGAAGAAUCUCUGUCUUCCCUGCUUUACCAUGUCCGGUGUUCCCAAAUCAGGAGGGAAACCCGCCAGAGGAUCUGUGGGACAAACCCCCACUUGGCGAAAUACUCCUCCUGUCAGACACGACUGCUGCAGGUCGACGAGCAUAUGACAUCAGAUUCAUACAGAAACGACCACGUGCUCCUGGUUGUGAGACCUAAUCACUUCUCUGAUGACGUCGACAUCGUCUGCUACAGCUUUAUGCAGUCCGCCUGGUUCGCGCUGAACCAGAUUACCAACUUUAACCCGGGGGGAAGUCCGGGUAUAUGUUUCCAUGACAACUGUGUUUACAUAUCGGGGGGCUCGGGAAAUCUUAACAACUUUGUCAAAUACGAUUGUCGCAGCAAUGAAUGGACAUUCUUGCAAAGGAUGGGCUUUCGGCGAUUUGGUCACUGUAUGUGUGGAGUAGGAGAGGACAUUUUUGUCAUCGGUGGAAAGUCAAUGCCCAACGACACGUUCAAUACUAUUCAGAAAUACAGCAUUGGUAAGGGUGCUUGGUCAAAAGAAGGGGAGCUCCGCAUCCCGGUGUCGGACGCCUCCUGCGCAUGCGUUGCUUCCCAGAUCCUGAUUUUUGGCGGCUCCCAGAGCAUUGUCACCUUUUCACACGCCAUACAAUGCUAUGAUCUGAAAACUAGAACUUGCACGGAAAUUGGUUCCUUUCCAAAAGGCGUCCUGACCGGAAUAAUGAGGAUCUGUUCUAACGAGGAAUAUUUCUUCCACGUCACUGCCGAGGGGAAGCUUCUACAGUCCAGCAGAACGGACCCCUAUGAGUCCGCGCCCGAGCUUAUCGGGACCAUUUCACAGAGGCUGAUGAUGACGGCGUACUCUGUGGUGUACUACAAAGGAAGCGUUCUCCUGGUCAGUGACACAAAAACAGCUCAGAGAGAGGCCAAGGUCAUCCGAUACAGCGUCACAGAAACCAAGCAGCUGCAAUGUGACAUCAAGAAACUGCCCUUCCCACCAGAUUCCAACCAAUACUUUGCUGUGGUGGUAAAUAUAAACAAAAGACACCUUAGUCUACCGAUGACUUAUACAGGGAAGCAUUCAUAUAUCAGUGGUGCUAUGGGACAGACAGAGCCGGACCGUCUGAGGACUGAUUACGUCACCGCCCUGUGCUCGGGGCUGCGGCAGCUGUACGAGUCCUCCCAGUAUAGUGAUGUGGACAUCGUUGUGGAACAGCGGACCUUCCACUCCCAUCAGCUCCUCCUGGCGGCCAUGUCACCUUACUUUGACGCCAUGUUUACAUCCGGGAUGAUAGAAUCCCAAAAUCGCAUGGUCAACAUCCAGAACGUCUCGAGCUCAACUUUCGAUCUCAUCCUGAAAUUUAUAUACAGCGGGGAACUGGAGUUAGACGAGGACAAUGUGGGGGAUCUGCUUCAAGCGUCUGUCAUGAUGCAGAUCAAGUGUCUAGUGGAGCGAUGUGAGGAGUUCAUGAUUUCCAGAGUAGAUACAGAGAACUGUCUAGGAACAUGGAAGCUUGCCCAGGGGCACGGCUGUCACCUCUUAGCCCGGAAAGCCUUUAAAUUUAUUCUGCAUUACUUUUUCGAAAUCUGCCAUACUGAGGAUUUCAGAGCCCUUGACGUGUAUGACGUCAUUAGUAUCAUUAGUGAUAACGAUCUGAAUGUCAAGGACGAGGAGAUCGUCAUGGAGACCGUAUUUGACUGGGUUCACGCUGAUCUCAAUAACAGGAAGCAGCACAUUGCAACUCUCUUCCCGUAUCUGAGACUUCCGCUUCUGCAACCUGAAUAUCUCCUGGAGGUCGUGGAACAAAACCCCCUGAUUCAAAGCGAACUAGAGUGCAAAGAUAUUCUAGAGGAAGCUAAACGUUAUCAUCUACUUCCGGCUAGAAGACAUGAGUUUGUAUCUCCGCGACUUGUUUAUCGCAAUUCCGGUGAUUUUGAGGAAGUUGUCGUCUGUAUAGGCGGGAGUGACCACCGAGAACUUUCUACCAGGACUGUCACGUGCUGUAGGUCAAACAUGACGUGGAACUACCUUGAACCUUUGCCCUAUGACCCUGGUGUUGAAUUUUCUACGUGUUCAUACGGAAAUGCAAUAUUUGUAUCUGGUGGAAGCUCGAAACUUAAAGGAAUGUUGUGUUACCAUACUAACUGGAACACGUGGUCACGCUGUCAGCCGAUGUUGCUAGGCAGACGACGUCAUUCCAUGGAGGCUGUCGGUGAAUCAGUGUAUGUGUUGGGAGGAUAUGAUGACGGGAAUGAGGAAGGGUUCCGGACUAUAUUAGCAAUAGAGAAGUUUAAGCUGGUAGCUGGCGAAUGGGAGGAUUGUGGGUACCUUAGUACGCCGGUCCGGUCGGCUGCUUCCGCCGUUCAUAGAGAAAAAAUAUUUCUGUUUGGUGGGGUAACUGGAGAGGACUAUGAUACUAAGAUUGUUCAGUGCUUUGACACACGGCGAAACACGUGCACCGUUAUAUCUCAACUUCCGGUUUUCUGUAGAUUGUCGUCUGCUCUAGCUUAUCAAAAGAAAAUCCUCAUUAUUUGUCCGGACGGGGAGAUUCUGUCGUUUCAAGAAGGAGAAGUAGAAUCUGUUGGCAGGAUUCCGGGGUUCGAGCGUUAUAGCUUUGGUUCAGUAUUACAAGGCGAUUCUGUGAUAGUUUAUGGCGGCAUAAAGUCGUCAGAAGUAUUUGAUGACGUCAUCUGUUUCAGCAUCAAUGACAAGACGUCUUCUCUAACAGGAACGUACAUGCCCCAGAAGCUGUUUGGGUUUGGAUGUGUGAAGUCGGUCAUUCAUAAGAAAUACCUAGAUAAACCUGUCUCUUGACCAACAAAUUCAACUAUACCUGUUUCAUGUGACUUUCUGACCAAGAAAUAUUGCAACAUCUGUCUCCAGACCGAGAAAUACAGCUUUUUCUAAGAUUAUCAUUGGUGUGAGAUCGGUUUGUUUAGUGUGAGAGAAAAAAAAUACCGAAACAUCAGUACCGUAUCUGCUACAUGACUGAGAUAUUAUUAUGAUAUUAUAUCAUCAUAUAAAAUUCAAAUUAUUGCAAAUAAGUUCCUUUUUACUGGGAUCAAAUCAUGAAGCAGCCGUGCAAGAUACCAAAAAUAAACGUUGCGUCUACUUAUAGGAAAAUGACUUUGGACUUUCCUGAUCCGAUUCAGUGAUGAAUUAACUGUAUGGUACAUGUGUGAUGUUCAAAAGUUUAUUAAAUAACCAUAAAUAUG